AAGUUUGAAAACAUCUUCUCUGUAAUAUAUAAUCACAUUUUGGAAAAAGAACUGUCUUAGGAUGCAGAUGAGCCAAUCUGAGUCAAUUCUACUGACAUAGAUCCAAGCUGUAGAGCUCCCAAGCUGUGACAGUCAUGAAUUAACUGUAACAUCUCAGUCAUUUAGUGCUGUUGGGACACAUUGGAAUUUUAAUAACAUCUUGAUUUUAUCUGGAUUUUUUUCAGUUUCAUUUCUUUCUGUAUACUGCUUUGUUGUAACAUGCAUUCAUUUGUUUGGUUUGCAAGGUUUAGACUAUAAUAUUUGGUGAAUAACUUUUCCCUUCUUUUUUUGAAGAAUAAAAUUCAGGCUGGCCAUUUGUGACAAAAAUAAGGGAGUGUAACAGAUUUAUAUUUAUGCAUAUUCAUGUUGUCUGCAAGGUGUUCCAUGCCCCAUUAAAAUGUCACGUUGCAUUAAUGAUCAAAUGUUGGUGAUCUUUAAGCACAGGUCAGACAGAUGUCCAGGGAACAUCUUUAUCUACUAUCAUUCUCUUAUCCCUGCUUUUCAGUAGCUGGGACUUUAAAUUUGCAAGACAGUCAGCUGCAGCCCAAAGGUGAACACUUUGUAUCUGACUCCCGCAUGCUGCAACUGCCUUUCCACAAGCUGGCAAAACAGAGUUUAAAGUGGUAAUUAAAGCACUUUCCCCAAAAGAAGGCACCAGAAUUUAUACUCCUCGGCCUUUGGAUAGAAAUGAUGGCACAUUUCUUAUGCGGUAUCGGAUGUAUGGGAGUGUCAGAAAAGGGUUAAAAAUUGAGAUACUUUAUGGUGAUCAGCAUGUAGCGCAAUCUCCUUAUAUUUUAAAAGGACCAGUUUAUCAUGAAUAUUGUGACUGUCCUGAAGAGGACCCUGAGAUCUGGCAGAAUGUUAUGUCUUGUCCAUCCCAAGAACCUCAGAUUACAAAGGACUUCACUUCUUUCCCCACCAUUGACCUUCAGCGAAUGCUUAAGGAAAUCCCAACAAAGUUCAGUCAAACAAGAGGUGCUAUUGUUCAUUACACUAUUCUCGAUAAUCGCAUCUACCGUCGCUCCUUAGGGAAGUAUACAGACUUCAAAAUGUUCUCCGAUGAAAUGCUCCUGUCACUGGCAAGAAAGGUUCACCUUCCUGAUGUGGAGUUCUAUCUUAAUGUUGGAGAUUGGCCAGUUGAGUAUCGGAAAGCUAAUGAUACGCCUGGUCCUAUACCUGUCAUUUCAUGGUGUGGCUCUUUGGAUUCAAGAGAUAUAGUUCUUCCAACAUAUGAUGUAACCCACUCAACUCUUGAAACCCUACGUGGAGUCACAAAUGAUCUCCUUUCUAUUCAAGGAAAUACAGGCCCAUCCUGGGAAAACAAAACAGAGCAAGCUUUAUUCAGAGGUCGAGACAGCCGAGAAGAACGUCUCAGUCUUGCCAAGUUAUCCAAGGAAAAUCCAGAACUACUAGAUGCUGGAAUAACAGGGUAUUUCUUCUUCAGAGAAAAAGAAAAAGAGCUGGGGAAGGUUCCGCUGAUGGGCUUCUUUGACUUCUUUAAGUACAAAUACCAAGUGAAUGUAGAUGGGACUGUAGCAGCUUACAGGUUUCCAUACCUCUUGCUGGGUGACAGCCUAGUAUUGAAGCAAGAUUCCCAGUACUAUGAACACUUUUAUAUUGGAUUGAAACCUUGGAAACAUUAUGUUCCUAUCAAGAGAAACUUAGAGGACUUGCUGGAGAAAAUAAAAUGGGCCAAGGAAAAUGAUGAAAAAGCGAGAGGAAUUGCUAAAGAAGGACAAUUAAUGGCAAGAGAAUUACUUCAGCCUCACAGGCUUUACUGCUACUAUUACAAAGUGCUCGAGAAAUAUGCCAAACGCCAAGCCAGCAAACCUGAAAUACGGGAUGGAAUGGAACUUGUACCUCAGCCUGAUGACAGAGACUCAGUAUGCAGCUGCCACAGGAAAAAGCCUUUAAGGGAAGAUCUGUAACUGUACCGGAUGAAGAAAAUCACCCACUUACAAUGCAAGAAUUCAAAUAGGAAUUAAGCUGUGAAAUCUAAGACAAUUAUGCACUAGCAAACAUUCUUACUUAUGUAUUCUUCUUGUCUUAACAUACUCUUUUUCACACUGACUCUGCUCUACAAGGUUGGUUCCCACAAUUUUGUAACCUUGACCACCACCAGACAGAUACUGAACCUGUAAUGAGGAGCAUCUAAGGGGUUUAUUUGAUAUACUGCAGCAUCAGGAAGAAGAGCACAGUGCUGCUUGUGUUCCAGCUGGGACCUAGUUACCAAAGUUUUACGAAGAACUAGUCAUCCGCAAAAGAUCUUCCAUGAGUCACUGGAGGUUAUUCUAAAGGAGCAUUUGCAACAUACUAAAACAGUGUUAUGAUUUCUUCAUAAAGUUUACCUCAGUGUUAGAUUGUUUCUUGUAUACAAAACAGUUUUCUAACUAGACAAAGAAAGUAUUUGAGAUUUACAGAUAUCAAA